CCAUCAGUUCACUUCUACAAUGAUCCCGGAAACUCGCCAACUUUCAUCACAUCAGUGCACACGGCCGCAUCUCCUCAGUGCGCACGCGUUAUGCAAUAUGGACUCGUGGAUCCUGCUCUCGCCUUGGGUAUGUGGCCGGGUACACGAACGAAGCGAACUUUAACAACGCCGUCAUUCGAGUACGAAGAAUGCCAUUGCAGCUCGCCACCGUUCCUUUUGGAUAUGAUGGAACCCUGUUGCACAGGAUUUUGUCGAACUCCGUCUUCCAGUGCCAGGUCGGUACUGAUUGCAGUAGACGAUUCUCCACCGUCUAAGAAUGCAUUUAAAUACUACAUGAGGUGGCUCAGUCGAUCGGAUGAUGCUGUCACACUGUAUUAUGCCCUGGAGCCAAGUUCACUCCCGUCGGUCCCGCUCACCAACCUUGGUACAAUCCCCCAUGAUGAGUGGUCAAAAAUAAUUCACUCCAAGUUAGAAUGUGUGAGACGCCUGGAAUCCCAAUAUGUGACUGACCUGCAAACUAAAGGAUUGAAUUAUCAGUUUGUGUACGAGACAGCCGAUCAAGUUGGAAAAUCCAUCGUGUCAAAAGCGGAAAAAUAUCGCGCGAGACUAGUGGUUAUGGGCAGUCGUGGACUGGGGGCGUUGCAGCGAACUCUUAUGGGCAGUGUUAGUGACUAUGUGUUGCACAAUGCCAGCACGGCAGUUUGUGUCAUCCCGCACAAUGUUUCCAUAAAUUAG